ACGAAAAGCUCAGUCAAGUUUUGUGAGUCGAAGGAGACGCAUCAGUGUGUCCGCGCGCAGAACCAAUACACGACUAUCGACACGUUGGGUUUUUUUUUAUUUUUUAUUUUUUUAUUUGUGGAUAUUUCUACUGCUUUUUCCCGCUACAGAGGACGUUUUCCACACACGGACAAGUGACCCACAAAGUGACCCCCAGGCGCUGUCGCUUCACAGCGAACACCCCCCCCUCCCCCAACCCCCCCAAUAUCGAAGCCCCCCCCCCCCAAUCACCCAGAUAACAUGGACGGAUUCUACGACCAGCAAGUCCCAUUUAUGGUCCCACCCAGCCACAAGUCUCACGUGGAGGAACCAUCUCACAGCAGGCCGCUGAUCGACAGGAAAAGGAAAUUUGUCGACACAGAACUCGCCCAGGACACAGAAGAGCUCUUCCAAGACCUCAGUCAGCUGCAAGAGAUCUGGAUUGCAGAAGCCCAGGUGCCUGAUGACGAGCAGUUUGUCCCAGAUUUCCAGUCAGAUAGCUUGAUGUUUCAUGGCCCGCCACCAGCCAAGAUCAAACGAGAGCUGACUCGCUCCAAAGAGCUUUCUCCCUGUCGCCAGGACAGGAGUCCCAUGCCCUACGGAGAGAAGUGCCUUUACAGCUACAGUGCCUGCGACAGGAAGCCCACUCCAGGGUUCAAGCCAUUAACUCCCCCCUCGACACCGGUCUCUCCUUGCGGCCCCACCAGCACCGCAGGAACGCACCCACUGAGCGAGCAGACUCCCCCUCCUCACCCCAAUGUAGCUAACCCGACCCCAGGGCCGCGUCCCGUGCACGUACAACAGCCUGUAACGGCGAGUGCGGGCCCCCCCAACCAGCAAGCACUCCCAGUCCACAGCCACAGCCCGCCCUUCGCCGUGCCCUGCGCACCCAUCAGCCAGGAUGCCAACAGCUUCACACCUGAGCACAGGUUCCAGAGGCAGAUGUCAGAGCCAUGUCUACCUUUCCCCCCAUCAGAGAGUCAAGGACGCCCCCACUUCCUGCCCCAGCCUCCCAGCGCCAACAACAACAGUCUGCCACGCGACGGGCGGCCGCCAUACCACCGGCAGAUGUCAGAGCCGCUGGUGGCCGUGCCUCCCCAGGGUUUCAAGCAGGAGCUCAUCGACCCACGAUACACCGAGCAGGGCGUCCCCACCAUGGGCCCCCCAGGUGCACCCCAGGGGCCUCCGUGCCAGGCUGCUUUCCACCCCAUGGCCAUCAAGCAGGAGCCCCGGGACUUCUGCUUCGAUUCUGAAGUGCCUAACUGUCAGUCAUCGUUCGGGCGAGCGGGGAGCUUCUACCAGAAUAACCAUGAAAGCUUUUCCUUCGACAGAGAUCCUCAGCUGUACUUUGAUGAUACCUGUGUGGUCCCUGAAAGAUUAGAGGGCAAAGUGAAACAGGAGCCCUCUGUGUAUCGUGACGGACCUCCUUACCAGCGCCGCGGCUCCCUGCAGCUCUGGCAGUUCCUGGUCACUUUACUGGACGACCCAGCCAACGGCCACUUCAUAGCCUGGACCGGUCGUGGCAUGGAGUUCAAACUCAUCGAGCCCGAGGAGGUGGCUCGUCGCUGGGGAAUCCAGAAGAACAGGCCGGCGAUGAACUACGACAAGCUGAGCCGCUCGCUGCGUUACUACUACGAGAAGGGCAUCAUGCAGAAGGUAAAGGUGGCCGGUGAGAGGUACGUGUACAAGUUCGUGUGCGACCCCGAGGCUCUCUUCUCCAUGGCGUUCCCCGACAACCAGAGGCCCAACCUGAAGGCCGACCCGGACAGCCUGCCGGGGCUGGACGAAGACACCGUGCCCCUCACCCAUUACGACGAAAGCGCUCCUUACCUGCUGGACGGCGGGGAGCAGUGCGUGGCGGGCUUGCCCUUUCCAGACGGCUACGGCUACUAAACGAGCGCGCAGGGGCGUUUCCUGACGCCAACAAACACACAUGUACACGCAAAAAAAACAAAAACAAAAACAAAAAACAAACACUCCCAAAAGUCUCUCGACGCCCAACUCUUUAAAAAAUAAUCCAGAGCUGGAACUUGCUGAGCCGCUCGGAUUGGAAAACCCCGGCGCUCUGCUCCUUCAUGGUUCCCUCUCCUGCUCCCUGGAAAACCUUCGUAGAACUCUGUAAGCUCCCCAGCGAAGAAGAAGAAGAAGAAGAAGAAGAAGAAGGAGGGAAAAACCUGCAACGGCUCGUCUGCUGCACCAUCACACACGAGAGAGAGAGAGAGAGUUGAGAAACCGGUGAGGGUGAACUGGACUCGUUAGCUCUGCCCACCUUACAAGCUUCCUAAAGUAAGGCAAGUGGGCUGCUGUUGCUAUGGAGACCAAACGAAGCGAGGCCACAGCCCGCCAACUUUAACUGAACUGACAGACCCGCCCCUCCCCCCCACCCCUCCCCCCUUUGUACAAGACUGCGAGAGUUGUUACAUUUCUGAUUUUGUGACAAUCUGCUUUUCUUAAAAACAAUCAAAAAUAACGAACAGAGUAAAACAUAAAAAAAUAAAAAAAAUAAAAAAUCUAACGAGAUAUUCGAAAUGCAGCAUUAUUCUAUAGUUGCCUUUUUGGGUCCCCCCCCCCCCCCCCCCCCCCCCCCCCCCGCCCCACACCGCACCGGCCCCCCUCCCCACAACAUUUCCAUGUCACCACAUUUGAACUACAGAAUCCGUGAAAGGGCUUUAAU